AUGCUCCUCCACCACCUAUACGCGAAGUCUGCAGCACUCUUAGUCCUCCCUAGAGGGAAUCUCGCAGCCAAGCCAAUCGAUCAGCGCAGUGCCCAAGAGAUAGUCAACCAGCUCAAACUUGUGCCAAACAUCGAAAAGGGCUACUAUGCACAGACAUUUGAGGACCCGGCUACAGUUAACAAUCGUUCCGUCAGCACUCUCAUCUACUACUUGCUCGAAGGUUCUGCGGGCAAGUCCAAAUGGCACCGCGUCGAUGCUGCCGAGGUAUGGCACUUUUACGCUGGCGCACCACUCACCCUGUCCUUGUCGCUUGACCAUGGCGCCCCCGUCGCAGAGCACAUCCUAGGACCGGACAUCUUCAACAAGCAGACUCCGCAGGUCGUUAUCCCAAGGGGCACCUGGCAAAGUGCACGCUCUCUUGGUUCAUGGACCCUGGUAGGGACUACUGUUGCACCGGGCUUUGUCCCAAGCGGGUUUGAGCUCGCGCCACCGAGCUGGGAGCCUGCAGGUUCUUGCAGGUCUGCCACGUGCACUAAAGUUGCUAAGAAGUACGACUAG